GGUGGACAACUCCUCCCUGACGGGCGAAUCCGAGCCCCAGACGCGCUCGCCCGACUGCACCCACGACAACCCGCUGGAGACGCGCAACAUCACCUUCUUCUCCACCAACUGCGUCGAGGGCACGGCGCGGGGCGUGGUGAUCGCCACGGGCGACCGCACGGUCAUGGGCCGCAUCGCCACGCUGGCCUCGGGGCUGGAGGUGGGCAAGACGCCGAUCGCCGUGGAGAUCGAGCACUUCAUCCAGCUCAUCACCGGCGUCGCCGUCUUCCUCGGCAUCUCCUUCUUCAUCCUCUCGCUCAUCCUGGGCUACACCUGGCUCGAGGCCGUCAUCUUCCUCAUCGGCAUCAUCGUGGCCAACGUGCCCGAGGGGCUGCUGGCCACCGUCACCGUGUGCCUGACGCUGACGGCCAAGCGCAUGGCCCGCAAGAACUGCCUGGUGAAGAACCUGGAGGCCGUGGAGACGCUCGGCUCCACCUCCACCAUCUGCUCCGACAAGACGGGGACGCUCACCCAGAACCGCAUGACCGUGGCGCACAUGUGGUUCGACAACCAGAUCCACGAGGCCGACACCACCGAGGACCAGUCCGGCACGGCGUUCGACAAGAGCUCUCCCACGUGGGUGGCGCUGUCCCACAUCGCCGGGCUCUGCAACCGCGCCGUCUUCAAGGGCGGCCAGGAGAACGUGCCCAUCCUCAAGCGCGACGUGGCCGGGGACGCGUCCGAGUCGGCGCUGCUCAAGUGCAUCGAGCUCUCGUCGGGCUCCGUCAAGGUCAUGCGGGAGCGCAACAAGAAAGUGGCCGAGAUCCCCUUCAACUCCACCAACAAGUACCAGCUGUCCAUCCACGAGACCGAGGACCCCAACGACAACCGGUACCUGCUGGUGAUGAAGGGCGCCCCCGAGCGCAUCCUGGACCGCUGCUCCACCAUCCUGCUGCAGGGCAAGGAGCAGCCGCUGGACGAGGAGAUGAAGGAGGCCUUCCAGAACGCUUACCUGGAGCUUGGGGGGUUGGGAGAGAGGGUUUUGGGUUUCUGCCACUUUUACCUGCCCGAGGAGCAGUACCCCAAGGGCUUCGCCUUCGACUGCGACGACGUGAACUUCGCCACCGACAACCUUUGCUUCGUGGGGCUCAUGUCCAUGAUCGACCCGCCCCGCGCCGCCGUGCCCGACGCCGUGGGCAAAUGCCGCAGCGCCGGCAUCAAGGUGAUCAUGGUCACCGGGGACCACCCAAUCACGGCCAAGGCCAUCGCCAAGGGCGUGGGGAUCAUCUCCGAGGGCAACGAGACCGUGGAGGACAUUGCGGCGCGGCUGAACAUACCUGUGAGCCAGGUGAACCCCAGGGACGCCAAGGCGUGCGUGAUCCACGGCACCGACCUGAAGGACAUGAGCUCGGAGCAGAUUGACGAAAUCCUGCAGAAUCACACCGAAAUCGUGUUCGCGCGCACGUCCCCGCAGCAGAAACUCAUCAUCGUCGAGGGCUGCCAGAGACAGGGCGCCAUCGUGGCGGUGACGGGCGACGGCGUGAACGACUCGCCGGCGCUGAAGAAGGCCGACAUCGGCGUGGCCAUGGGCAUCGCCGGCUCCGACGUCUCCAAGCAGGCGGCCGACAUGAUCCUGCUGGACGACAACUUCGCCUCCAUCGUGACCGGUGUCGAGGAAGGGCGCCUGAUUUUCGACAAUCUGAAGAAAUCGAUCGCGUACACGCUGACCAGCAACAUCCCCGAGAUCACGCCGUUCCUGCUCUUCAUCAUGGCCAACAUCCCGCUGCCGCUGGGCACCAUCACCAUCCUCUGCAUCGAUCUGGGGACCGACAUGGUGCCAGCCAUCUCCCUGGCGUACGAGGCGGCCGAGAGCGACAUCAUGAAACGGCAGCCCAGGAACCCGCGCAGCGACAAGCUGGUCAACGAGCGGCUCAUCAGCAUGGCCUACGGCCAGAUCGGGAUGAUCCAGGCGCUGGGCGGGUUCUUCGCCUACUUCGUGAUCCUGGCCGAGAACGGGUUCCUGCCCUCGUGCCUGGUGGGGAUCCGGCUGCGCUGGGACGACCGCACCAUCAACGACCUGGAGGACUCCUACGGGCAGCAGUGGACGUACGAGCAGCGCAAGGUGGUGGAGUUCACGUGCCACACGGCGUUCUUCGUCAGCAUCGUGGUCGUGCAGUGGGCCGACCUCAUCAUCUGCAAGACGCGGCGCAACUCCGUCUUCCAGCAGGGCAUGAAGAACAAAAUCCUGAUUUUCGGGCUCUUCGAGGAGACGGCGCUGGCCGCGUUCCUCUCCUACUGCCCCGGCAUGGACGUGGCGCUGCGCAUGUACCCCCUCAAGCCCAGCUGGUGGUUCUGCGCCUUCCCCUACUCCUUCCUCAUCUUCGUCUACGACGAGAUCCGCAAGCUCAUCCUGCGCCGCAACCCCGGAGGUUGGGUGGAGAAGGAAACCUACUACUGAACCCCCCACCCAAAAAAACCAACCACGGGACCCCCCCCAAAAAAAACAACACGAGACCCCCCCCCAAAAUCCCC